AUGGGAAGAACUAAGAAACGCAAAGAAAUCUGGACCCCAUCUAAAAGUCCGGCACAAAGACUUGCAGCCAAAGUUUCCAGGAAAUAUAAAUCGCCACACAAGACUGUUAGGAAAGCUUUAUAUCAGGUGAAUCAAAAUAAGUUGUCAAUAAGAAGAGCAGCAUUAGAAAACAAUCUCUCUUUUUCUUUUCUCCAAAGAAGAACAUCAGGAAAAGUAGAUGUUGACAGUAAAAGAGGUCCAAAGCCUGUGUUUAAAAAAGCCGAGGAGGAAGCAUUUGCAAAUUAUUUGUCUGAAAUGGCACAGAGAGGAAUGGGGUUACGUCCAACAGAGUUUCUAGACUUCAUUGAAAAUAUCAUGAAAAAGGACAAAAGGGAAAAUCCAUUUAAAGACGACAGGCCUAGUUGGGAUUGGUAUUAUGGAUUUUUAAGGCGAAACAGUCACAUAAUUCAAAAAAGAACUGAAACACCUCUGGAAAUCUCUAGAGCCAAGGUGACUGUGAAAGAGAUUGAUGACUGGUUUGAUAAAUAUAAAAUAUUUAUGUCUGACAAUCAUCUCCUGGACAGACCUGAGAGAGUAUAUAAUGCAGAUGAAACUGGAUUUACAAUGGGAUCCAAAUCUGGUCAGGUGAUAGGUCCAGCCAAAAAGGUAAAUGCCGCUCCAGUUCCACAUGUAUCAGGGGGGAAGAGCAAAGAGAGAGUUACUGUGAUGUACUGUGCAAAUGCUGUGGGCACAAUAAUACCUCCAUUUUUUGUGUUUUCUAAGCCCAAACCAGCUUCCUAUGACUUAUUGGCUGGUUCACACAGACAAGCUCAUGCAGAAUUUACAGAGAAGGGUUGGAUGGAUGCAGAAACUUUCAGAAAAUUUAUAGAGCAUCUUCAUAAUCAUGCCGUGAAAGAGAGACCAAUUGUUUUACUAAUUGAUAGCGUAGGGAGUCAUGUUGACAUGGAAUCCUUUUCUAUGGCCAAAGAUCUUGGGAUAGAGAUCUACAGAUUAGUGAGAAAUGCAACUCACUUGAUGCAGCCAUUAGAUGUGGGAGUUUAUGGGCCCUUGAAAAAGAGCUGGUACAAACACCUAAGAGCCCAUACCAAACAACAUCCUGACGAUAUGGUACGCAAACAAACCUUUGCAAGACACUUGCAAGUGGCAUUUCUAGAUUUCUACAAACCAUUGACAGUGCAAAAAAGUUUUGCUUCUUCUGGUGUGUUUCCAAUAGACAGAUUUAAGAUUUCAGACUGUAGACUUAAGCCUGCCCUUACAUAUGAAGAAAAAUUAGAUGAAACUUCAUCAUCUUCCAUUGGAAUUCCUCCGAUUCCUUAUGAAGCGCAAUCCACAUCAUCAUCCAUCCCAUCUAAAUCUACAACAUGUAGCACAGAACCAGCCAUUCUGAAUGCUGAAGUAAAUUCAGGCUUGGAUAUUCUUGCCCAAGCAGUUUGUGCACUGGGUAGUGACGAUUCGGUAGAAAAUACUGGUUUGCCUGUACAUGUAUCAAUUCCGGAUGAAAUCUCCCAACAUAUCAAAGACGGACCAACUGUAAAAUUGAAGAAAACAAACAGAAAAAGACUUGCAGAUGAAUUAUCAGACAAUUUGACAUCAACAGACUCUAUCAGGAAGAUGGGCUUAAAGUCAUUGGAAAAAACCAAAAAAAUUGCAUUGAGAGAGAGGAAAGCUAAGGAGAAAUUUCUCAAAUCCAAAGAGAAAGCUAAAAACAUUCACACCCUGCCAUCCAAAAGGAAAGUGAAUAAACCAUCAAAGGGUUCUUCAAAGUCAAAUAAGAGGUUGCUGAAAUCUUCCUCUACUGCAAACCCAAUUCCGUCAUCUGCUUCAACAUCUUCCUUAGCAUCUGAAGUAUGUUUUGUAUGCCAUGCUGAUGAGUCUGAACCAGGACUCUGGAUACAGUGUGAGAAAUGUCAGCGUUGGGAACACAUUGCAUGCAUUCCAGAUGACCAUCCAUGGAAUAGAGAUGCAAUAUCUCAGGAAUCUGUCAUAUUCAUAUGUCAAAUUUGCACAAAUAGUCAAGGACAAUUAUCAGAGCAGCCAAAGAGGGAAAUUUUGCUAAGAAAUUGCGUGAUUAAAGGAUAUCAUGACUUUAAAAUAAAGCCAUUACAGUCCAAUCAAGUACCGCUUAGAGUUGAUAGGGAAUAUACGAAUAUUCAUAAUCCUGAUGCUUGUUUGGUAUGGAUUCCAGAUAAUGUUCCUGCUGAUCUCAAAGAAACAGUUACAGAUGAAAAGAGGGGCCUAAAACUAAAAGAUAUAGAGGGUCUACCCUGUGGACAUGUCCCUAGAGGUUUGGCCAGUGCAUUUAGAUAUGUAAUGGAUGCUGGGGGCGAAAUUUCUGCAAUAGUUACUGGCGUUCCUUCACCAAGUUUCCCACCUUGGCCUCCUAUGCUCGAGAAAGGAGGAGGUGUAGUGAUUCCGUGUACAUACCGAGUAUGUCCAACUAAUUUUCAUAUUGCUUUAACAAUCAUCCAGGAGCAUCUUGAAGUCAUGUCAGAAAAGGAAGUUAUUGAACUUAUUGAGGUGCCCACAUUCUACAAAAAUCUUUUGGAAAUAGUGUUCAUAAUUGAUUUUCGCCUGGUCAAAGGUAUUAGAGAAAAGUACAGAUUGGCUGCUGAAAGGAAGAGUAAAGACAUUUUUGUCAAUGUUCUGACAUCAAAGUUAUUACGAAAAUACCGACUAAAGAAGUAUGCAGCCAAAGCAUUUGGAUUCUCAAGGAAGAGAAAUUUAGAUCACAAAGGGAAUAUGGAAACGCGGAAGGGCUUAUUCAAAAGAAACAGAUCAAGGAUAGAUGAAAUACAGAGAUCAGACAGAUCUUUCCUUCAGCGCGACGAUAACAGCAGGAUAGCACCAGAAAAAGAAAGACUCAAUAACCCGGAACAAAGUAAAGAGACAGAAGCGUUUUUUGAAUGA